AUAAGAGAGGCACACGAUCAUCUCGAGAGUGAGAGAGAAACGAGUUUCACAGUUUAGUUUAGACGAAAGAAAGCAGAUUCAAAUCACUGUCGCUGUGUCUUCUCCGAUGUAUGUAGCAACUCAACAUCACAUUUCCAAUGAAUGCGCUAAUAAACCAAACCUCAUAUGAACCUUCUUCUUCUUGUUCUUGAUGUUCUUCAUUAACGCAACAAGAAGACAACCAUAACCAUGGGGAUCACCAAACGCAACUCUCUCUCCAUUCUUUUCCUAUUCAUCGCACUCUCUCUCUACCGUUUCCGUUUCCAUUUCCAAUUCCAAACCCUACCCCCUCCUAAUUCCGCCGAACCCCGCCACAACCACAACCACAACCACAACUACAACUACAUCGUGCGCUUUCUUGAAUACAAGCUCGCCGAGCACCACCGUGCCUACCUGGAAUCCAACCUCCGAUCCCAAGGCUGGAAGUGGAUCGAGCGCCGGAAUCCUGCCGCCAACUACCCCACCGAUUUCGGGUUAGUUUCGGUUGAGGAUUCGGUUAAAGAUGGGUUAACCGACGAGAUUCGGAAUCUUGAACUGGUGAAAGACGUGCAUGUGGAUAUGGGGUAUAAGAGGGAUCUUCUCAAACACGAAUCUUCUUCCUUUGUCGAUGUAAAGAAGCGCCCUGGAAAGAUAUUCACGUCCAUGUCGUUUAGCGACUCAGCAAACUACUCUUCGGGGAGGGACCUUUUGAUGCAGAGAUCUCAAAUUACUUCCAUGUUUGGAGCGGAGGAUCUUUGGGCGAAAGGGUACACUGGUUCUAAAGUCAAAAUGGCUAUUUUUGAUACUGGCAUUCGAGCCAAUCACCCUCAUUUCCGUAACAUCAAGGAGCGUACCAAUUGGACCAACGAGGAUACAUUGAAUGAUAAUCUUGGACAUGGGACCUUUGUUGCUGGUGUUAUCGCUGGUGUAGAUGCUGAGUGCCUUGGCUUUGCACCUGAUACUGAGAUUUAUGCAUUUCGUGUAUUCACUGAUGCACAGGUUUCGUACACAUCAUGGUUCCUUGAUGCCUUCAACUAUGCAAUUGCUACCAAUAUGGAUGUGCUAAAUUUGAGCAUAGGUGGGCCUGAUUAUUUGGAUCUCCCAUUUGUUGAGAAGAUAUGGGAGAUAACAGCAAAUAACAUUAUCAUGGUUUCUGCAAUUGGAAAUGAUGGACCACUUUAUGGAACUUUGAACAAUCCAGCUGAUCAAAGUGAUGUCAUUGGUGUUGGCGGCAUUGACUAUAGUGACCAUAUAGCUUCCUUUUCCUCCCGUGGCAUGAGUACCUGGGAGCUUCCUCAUGGUUAUGGGCGUGUGAAGCCAGAUAUAGUUGCAUAUGGACGGGACAUAAUGGGAUCCAAGAUUAGUACGGGUUGUAAAAGUUUAUCAGGAACUAGUGUUGCAAGUCCUGUAGUUGCUGGUAUUGUAUGCUUGCUUGUUAGUGUCAUCCCUGAACCUGUUCGAAAAGAUAUCUUGAACCCAGCAAGCAUGAAACAAGCAUUGGUGGAGGGUGCUGCUAAGCUUGCUGGGCCUAACAUGUUUGAGCAGGGUGCUGGCAGAGUUGAUUUGUUAGAAUCAUAUGAGAUACUUAAGAGUUACAAACCCAGGGCAAGCAUCUUCCCCAGUGUCCUUGAUUAUACAGAUUGUCCUUACUCAUGGCCCUUUUGUCGUCAACCACUCUAUGCAGGUUCUAUGCCUGUGAUAUUUAAUGCCACCAUUUUGAAUGGGAUGGGUGUUGUUGGCUAUGUUGAAGGUCCACCAACGUGGCAGCCUUGUAGUGAAGAAGGGAAUCUUUUAAGCAUUCAUUUUACAUAUUCAGAGGUCAUCUGGCCUUGGACUGGUUAUUUGGCACUUCACAUGCAAAUCAAGGAAGAAGGAGCUCAAUUUUCUGGGAACAUUGAAGGUAAUGUGACUCUCAGGGUUUUCAGUCCUCCAGUUCAAGGAGAGAAGGACCUUCGAAUCAGUAUCUGCAUGCUUCAAUUGAAGUUAAAAGUGGUACCAACACCACCUCGGUCAAAACGAAUUUUGUGGGAUCAGUUUCAUAGUAUUAAAUACCCACCUGGUUAUAUUCCAAGAGACUCUUUGGAUGUUCGUAAUGACAUUCUUGACUGGCAUGGUGAUCAUCUGCACACGAAUUUUCACAUCCUGUUCAACAUGCUACGAGAUGCUGGUUACUAUAUUGAAACACUUGGCUCUCCUCUUACAUGCUUUGAUGCUCGUCAAUAUGGAACACUUUUGAUGGUGGAUCUUGAAGAUGAAUACUUUGCUGAGGAGAUUGAAAAACUAAGAGAUGAUGUUAUAAAUACUGGAUUGGGACUAGUUGUCUUUGCUGAAUGGUAUAAUGUGGAUACCAUGGUAAAGAUGAGAUUCUUUGAUGACAAUACACGGAGCUGGUGGACUCCAGUUACGGGAGGCGCAAAUAUUCCAGCUCUUAAUGAUCUUUUGGCUCCAUUUGGGAUUGCUUUUGGAAAUAAGAUCCUGAAUGGUGAUUUUUCACUUUUAGGGGAGCAGAGUCGAUAUGCUUCUGGAACAGAUAUAGUGAGGUUUCCGAGAGGUGGUUACGUACACAGCUUUUCUUUAUUGGAUAGUUCAGAAAGUGGAGCCACUCAGAAUGUGCUGCUUACUUCUGACAUGACCAAGGCAGAUUCUCCAAUUCUUGGUCUUACAGUGAUGGGUGAAGGUCGUGUAGCUGUGUAUGGGGAUUCUAAUUGUUUGGACAGUAGCCAUAUGGUUACUAAUUGUUAUUGGCUUCUGAAGAAAAUACUUGAUUUUACUAAUGGAGAUGUCAGGGAUCCUGUGCUUUUCUCUGAUUCAGUUAAACGAGAUACUCCAUUGUAUGAAGAUGACAAUCAAUUGCCAUCUCGCAGAACUGAUGUCAAUUUCUCUAUAUAUUCCGCUGUUGCGGGGAAGGAAUUGAUCUGCAGGACUGACUCAAGGUUUGAAAUAUGGGGAACUAAGGGCUACAAUUUGCAGGUUAGAGGAAGAAACAGAAGAUUGCCUGGUUAUCCUGUGAUUGAUUUGGGGAGAGGUUUCAAUGCAACCCUUGAUACUUCUAAGAUAAGGCAUCAGGAAUUAGCUGUGAGAAAUAAGGGUGACUCUCUUGGGAACAGGUACUUGGGCCUGUUCUAUGGGGAUGAGCUUGAUGCACCUAUGCUUAUUGGUAGUCAGUGGCUUGUUCCUGCUGUAGUUGCAGCAACUGGUAUUUUGCUGUUGUGUUUUUGGCGCAUUCGCCAAAAGCAACGUAGACGAAGGAAAGGAUCAGGCUCUGGUAGAUUGGCCAAUUUAUAGUUCAUUACAUUGCUGAUUUAUUUAUUGUAACAAUAGCCUCUAAAGAAUUUUUUCUGUAGCAUAGUCAGUGUGGUAGUAGAAGAUAGCCACAGACAAGUUGCCUUUUUUGUCCCUAUAAUUACCUUUUUUUUGGUGGAUGCUUUUCAAUCAGAUAAUGAAA